AUGACGACGCUUCUGCAAAAGCGUACUAUAUCUAUGAUUCUUACAGUUCCUGAUAUUAAAGAAUCUGUUUCACCGGUAUCACAUUCAGUUGAAAAUCUUGAUCAAAGGUCAUUUUUUUCAUUGAAAAAUGAUAAACCUUUAUCAAUACCAAUUUAUCAUGGUUCCAUAGUUCGUAUUGAACAACACGAAGAUGAUGAAAAUCUAUCUGAUUUAAUUCUUCGUGUACCGAAUGUUCAUUAUUUAUCAUUACCGUCCAUUGAUAUUUCAAGUAUUACAAAUGGUCAUGAUCAAUUACAUGAGACAAAAAGUCAACAAGAGCUAUGCGUCAAAAGACGUGCUCCAAUAUGUCCUAUAUCGAAAAAUUUACGUGACAAUACUCUUGCAUCGAAUCAAAAUCAACCAGAAAUAAAUUCACCAUUGAUAAACACAAAACGUUUAGCUGUUGGCCUACGUAAUUUAAGUCGAGCAUUUACAGCAAACUGUAAAUCAAAACCAUCAUCAAAUGUUAACGAAAUAACAAUUAUUCCUGUUCUUCCUGAUGUUGAAGUUAUAACGGAAAAUUUUCAAGCACCAAAACUAUUAAAAAAGACAACUAAAAUUGAAAAUUCAACAUCGAAAUUUGUAGCCCCGAAAAUUUUCUUUAUCAAACGAAAACAUUUUAGACUCAAACGAAAACAACCAUCAGCAGUAUCGACUAAUAUCGAAAUUGAAAAUAAACCAACUAUGAUUGAAAAUACAUCAACUAACAUUAAUUUAAAAGAUAAUCAAGUAGAUGAAUCAAAACAAACAACACCAAAUAAAAUUAAUAAUCAAAUUGAACAAAAACUUACAACAAAUGAAACUAUCAUUCCUCGUAGUCCAAUAUUAAUUAGUGAUCAUAAGUUAUCAUCAAUAAAUGGCUAUUCUAGUAUUCGACAAUUGCCAUCAGAUUCUCAAAUAACAAUAAUAGAUAAAAAUGAAAAGAACCUACCGUCAUCUAUUGACAUAUCAGCAAAUAUUACUGAGUCUAAUCCAUUUAUAUCAACAAAAACAGUUAAUUUAAAAAUAAAUGAUAUCAAAUCAUCAAUUCACAUAGAUAAUGAACAAACAGAAGAUAAUAAUAGUAAUAUUGAAGAAAGAUUAUAUAUUGUUCAUCCAAACGGAGAUACAUUUUCUGAAUGUUAUGAAGUUACCUAUGAAUUCGAUCCUGAAUAUAGAAAUCGUUGUAAUAAUUCACAAGAGCAAAUGCAUAUGGCAAAAGUCGAAGAUAAAUCUUUAAUUAAAUUUAAAAUCGAUCCACUUGUAUACGAAGAUUUAGGAUCAACUGUAACUGCUAUUUCUAAAAUUACUUCAAAUAAUUACAAUGAAAUCGAAGAUGAUCAUAGUGAUCAACCAUUUCAAGAGUCCCAAUCCAGAAUAACAGAUGUAACACAAGUAAAAUUUCAUUCAUUCGAAAAUAUUUCACAAAUCAAUCAUGAUCAAAUAUCGACUUAUCAAACUGAAUCGAUAUCUGCUGUUUCGCCACGACAAGAAAAUGAUCACAUUCUAUGCCUUAGUGAUGCACCAAUUGUCUAUGAAGAUUAUACUAUUAUUCUACAAAUUCUUAAGAAUGUCUUACAAAUCGAUCAACUUUUGCAAACAGACACAACAAAUGAGUUAGAAAAAAAAUAA